CCCUUUCACUAGUCCAUGCUUCCAGGAAUGUCCAAACAUCAAUAGGAGGUAGACCAACAAGCAAGUUAAUUUGGAUAAGCUGAAGGUGGACUUAGAUAAGAUAAGCAGAUAGUAGAUAAGCAGACAUACAGUAUACCGAGGGGACCGGUCUUCCAUAACUUCAAAUUAAAAAGAUCCACUUCCGGGUUGUUAGAAAUGUUCCAGUCGUGCUCCGGCCCAGACAACCAGUGGGAGAUUAGUCAGAGAGAUCACGGACAAGGUUUUUAUGAGUCUGGACAACAUCCAUACAGCUGGCCUCAGUUCUGCCCCCCUCGGCCCAGCCGUACUGUUCAUCAUUCCCUCUCUCAGCAUCCUCAUGAUGGAGCCUACACCAGAGCACAAAUCCCUGUUUGGUGCCAAUCCCAAAACACAUGGAAGGUACAAAGCCACCUGGAGAACUCCAAGUUCCACCUCCACCAGAACCAGAAUCAACAGGUCAAGCAGUACCUGACGCUGGGCUCAAAGCUGGCCUCUUCGGCCGGGCAAGGCCACGCCGUUCCGCAUCCACACGCCACUGGCCAGCCGCUGGCCACCGUGCCGAUCAUGAGGAAUGGACACAUGCCCUCAGUCAGUGACAGCAGCAACCCCAACAGCCCCGUUACCCUCCUCACAAUGGCCAAUCACGACAGCGAGUUUCCAAUGGAUGAAGUUAUUGAUGACCUAAUUAGUCUUGAAUCCGGUUUCAAUGAUGGAGGCUUGGAUUGCAUGGAGUCUAACAUCAUAAUGCAAAACAAUGUGUCCCUCAGUGGCAGCAUGCUGGACCUCUAUGGGGGUGAACAAGGUAUGAACGCCCCUAAUGGUGGAAUGAGCCCCACAUCUAACCCCACAAAGCUCACUGUAAAAAGGGAAUACACAGAACAUGACACAAGAGUGAUGGCCAAAGAGAGACAGAAAAAGGACAACCAUAAUCUGAUUGAAAGAAGGCGAAGAUACAACAUCAACUACAGAAUUAAAGAGCUCGGGACGCUCAUACCAAAGUCGAAUGACCCCGACAUGCGCUGGAACAAAGGCACCAUCCUGAAGGCCUCGGUGGAGUACAUACGGUGGCUGCAGAAAGAGCAGCAGCACGCUCGGGAGCUGGAGAGCCGUCAGAAGAAGCUGGAGCAAGCGAACAGGAGGCUACUGCUGAGGAUCCAGGAGCUUGAGAUCCAGGCACGAGCACAUGGCCUCCCAAACAUGACUUCAGCCUUGGGCACAGUUGAACUUUCCUCCCAUCUCCUCAAACAACAACAACAACAACAACAACAACAACAACAACAACAACAACAACAGCAGCAGCAGUCUCCCCAGGCCCAGCAGCCGCCCCUCUACCAGGAGGACCCCAACAGCGACUACCGGAUAGCCGGAGUGCCGCCGUCCAUGCCCACUGCUGCCGGGCCGCAGGAUCACAUGCCAGGUGCCGACGGCUGCACCACGUUCUCCGACCCGCUGUCUCACUUCACAGACUUCUUCAGCGCUACCCUCAAGGAGGAGCACCGGCUGGACGAGAUCCUGAUGGAUGACCCCCUGUCGCCGUUUGGCACCGACCCGCUCCUCUCGGCCAGCUCGCCCGGAGCCGCGUCCAAGGAUAGCAGCCGCAGGAGCAGCUUCAGCUCUGCAGAGGGCGACGACCUUUAAGGGUGCCCCCCCCCCCGCCUCUCAGUAGCAAACUCUUGUUAUCUUCUCGUGACAUCACUGUUGUAAUCCCCAGUGGGAAAAAGCAUACACAGAGCCUCUAAAAGACUGAUUGAUGGCUCUUGGCAUUGCCACUCACAGGGUUGCAA